AUGGAUUUGUAUGGGGAAAUGUAUAACUGUGAUGAACUGCUGGAUGAAUUCAUUGAGGAAAGCUCAAAUGAAGAACAUUAUGAGGAUGAAACAUUCAACCCCACAUGGAAGAAGAGCAUGAAUGGAAUUAAGAAUCCAUUGAAUGAUGAUAUGAUAAAUUUGGAAAAUGAAGCACAUGUGAAAAACAUACAGAUAGACCUAAAAAGCAAUCAACAAAAUGUUUCAACGCAAUAUUUAUUUUUAUACAUUAACACGUUUAAAGAAAAAAACAUUAAGAGGUGCUCGAGUUUAUAUGUGUUGAAUUUUUAUGACGUUCAUAUGAAGAAUGAUGAUAAAAAUGUGUUGGAUACAGAUAAAGAUUUUGUUCAUCAUUGCCAGACAAACAUUUUAAGAGAAGAAUGUGUCAGACGAGGCGAGAGCAGAAGUGGCCAAGGCCGUAACUAUGGAGAGGACGAAGUAGAUGAGGAAGAAGCGAGACGCAAUGAACGCAUGAACAAGAUUUACCUUUUCAAAAUAUAUGAAACCAUUUUGAAGCACUUCCCAUUUAGUUUCAAGUUAUGGUACCAUUACCUGAAAGACCGAAUAGAAAUGCUGCAUGAUAUUUACUAUGAUAAUAAGGAGGAAUACGAAGAAACAAAUCGAGUGUUUGACACAUGUUUGCUAUAUAUGUACCAUUUUAAAGGUAUUUAUAUUAUGUAUAUUCAAUUUUUAUUUAUUCAAAGGAAAAUUCAAAAAAUAAGAUUUCUUUUUAACCUUGCCGUUCAGAAUAUUUGCCUAAAUCAACAUGAAGAUCUUUGGGAUUAUCAACUUCGGUAUAAUGAAAAAAUUGCUAGCAAGUUAAUUAAUUAUGAAUAUGUGAAGAGGUAUGUAACGAUUUACCCUGAAAAGAUUAUCCAUUUGUUUAAUCAUUAUCUAAAGUAUAAAAUGUGUAGACAUGCGUUGAGUACGUUUUUUUACAUUCUUAGUUGUGAUGAAGAGGAAAAUCUUGAACUUGGAAAUAAUAUAACCAAGUAUGAUUUGUAUAAAGAAAUUUUUCAUCUUAUAAGUUCACGAAAAAGGUUGAAUAAUGAUAUUAUGGUAACAUUGAAAAAAAAUUCUGAUAUUUUUAAAAGGUAUGAAAAUGUUACUUCUAUUUACAUCCUCUUAGCAAAUACAUUUGUUUAUGAAGGGCGUUGGAAUAAGGCCAUGGAUGCGUAUGAAGAAGGAAUUUCUGAAUGUUACACAGUUAAUGAUUUUACUACCCUUUUUGAGGGUUACAUAGAAAUGAUGAAGAUACUAAUCCAGUUGAAGAUGAGGAAAGAGGGAAAAGUUGGAAACUCCAGUUGCAUCACAAAUUGUCAAUCCCAAAUGAACCAUUAUCAUAUGAUCGACUUGUAUAUGGAUAAAAUAAAUUACCUUUUGGAUAAACGUAAAAUAUUCAUAGCAGAUAUUAAACUGAAGAACAAUCAGAAGAAUGUAUAUAUAUGGCUAAGCAAGAUAGAUGUUGUAGAUAAUGAUAGAGAAAAAAUUGAUCUGUACAACAAGUGCUUAAAAUAUUUCGAAGAAAAUGAUUAUGUAGGGAGAUUAAGUGAUGUGUAUAUCAGUUAUGCAUAUUUCUACUACAACAAUAAUGCGUAUGAGAAAUCGGUUCAAGUUUUUAACAGAGCCAUAAGAGAUAAAAAUUUUAAAACAUUGAACGAAAUUGCAAGUAUAUUUUGUUCAUGGAUUGAAAUAGAAUUGCUUGAGAAUAAUUCUAAACAAGCUUUAAAUAUAUCCAGAUUGUGUAUUGACAUUGGUAAAGGCGAUAGAAGAAAAAAAUGGAAAAUGACGAAUGAUAGUCACCAAAAUAGUUUACCUACUGAAAUGAAAACAGACAUGAAAAAUAUUAAUCAUGAUGAUGUAACAAUUUUAAACGCAAAUUUCAAUCUUUUAAAUAAUAUAAAAUUAUCUUGUCUCAUUUUAGAUAUGGAAUUAAAUUAUGGAACAAUAGAAACUUCCAUAAAUCUAUUCGAUCUGUUAUAUCAUUCUAAAAAUAUUACUGUCAAAAUGGUUCUUUCAUUUGCAAAUUAUCUCUACGAACACAAAUAUUAUAAUGAAUGUUUCAAGACAUAUGAAAAAGCUAUUUCCAUUUUUCAGUACCCAUAUUUGUAUCCAAUUUAUGUACACUAUAUUAGAAAAUAUGUUGACAGGUAUAAAGAUAAAAACAUUGCAUAUGUGCGUGAGUUAUUUAAACAAGCCAUUUAUGGCAUUGAUAACAGAACAUACCUUCCGAAAGAAUUUGCAAAAUUUAUUUUCCUCAUGUAUGCACAGUUCGAGCACAAUUACGGAUUUUUGAAAAAAUCCCUAAGUAUUUACAAGGAGGCAAUCCCCUUCUUGCCCGAGCAGGACAAGAUCAAGUUUUACAAGUUGUUCAUUUCGAAGGUAUCCAAGUCAUACGGUGUGCACAAAGCGAGAGAAGCAUUUGAAGAAGCUAUCCAGACUCUUAAGGAUGAUGACGCAAGAGAAAUAUGUUUGUCAUACAUAGAUAUGGAAUACAAGUUAAAUGAGUAUGAACGAGUCAGGGCACUUUACAUAUACACGGCCCAAUUUACGAACCCAUCUGUGCAUGCAACUUUUUACCAGGACUGGAGAGAAUUCGAAGCAUUAUACGGAAAUGAGCACACGUUCAGGGAUAUGAUACGAAUCAAGAGAAGUGUCCUCAGCUUAUUUUCGAAUUCGCGGAUCACUAACAAGCCAGUGGAAAAGUUUGAAAAUUCUGAAAUGGGUGGAAUAGAGAAUACCAAGAGAAAGCUAAAGGAAAUUAUUGAAAAUGAGGAGAAUACUCAAAAAAAAAUGAAAAUGUUAUAA